AUGUCGAACCUUCGCGGUGACUUGGAUCCUUCUUUGGAUCAGUCGUUCGAGCAAAAAAUGCAGUACAUGUCCCUCAACGACUCGAAUCCACGGUACGGCCGCAUCAUGGGGAAGGCAGAGCCGGCGGUGCCCCCUUACCACCAGAAACAAAAAUCGAUGGGGGCCAUCGAAAGUUUCGUAGCAGAAGGACCGACCCAGCAGAAAUCAAACGAUUACACUUUGUAUGAAAGAAACAACAUCAUUGCCAGUUCUAAAUACGCCACUCCUAAACAAGUCGAGACCCUAGUACAGAAGCAAGUCGAAGAGAAUGAUAUUUACGUCCAGUGCGCUAAGCCCCAAGUACCCCCAAAUGCGAGCCCCACUCACUCUUUAAGCGGCUCAUCGCAACACUCCGGCAGCCCCCGAACCAGCAUGGCCAACCAAACCCCAGUUUACGAAAACAUCGACUACUACUCCACUCGGAACUACCAACCCCCUUACUACCACUCCAUGGAAAGUAACUACCGGAAAGCCCAGCCCCAAGUCCCCUCAAUCAACCGCAACAUCACGCGUGAUGGUGAGGCUUUGCCCGUUUACGAAAACUUGCAGUCUUUGGGGCAGAAAUCCAGCGGGGCUACGCCGGGGCCCCAAGUGCCUUCAAAUCAAGCACCGCCUCCAUACCCCACCCAAUCGUACCAACAGACGUACCCCCAAAUGCACAAAACGGUUCUCAAAGCCCCGUACUACCCCAGUUAUAAUAAAAAUUUGACUAAACAACAGCUGGAUGAAAUCAAUAGCAGUGAUUAUGUCUGUAUGACUGGGAAUAUCUCGCACACUUUGAGUACGAACGUGCCGUUUCAAACGUCCACUGCCAAAAACUACAAUAGAGAGCCUGGUACUGGCAUUGCCACUACGCCGUCAGUUUUGCCCAAAAGUCCGAUUGUGAAGGAGAAAGUUGAGGUGAGACCGCCACCGGUUCCGAGCCCCACGCCCAGCGCUUGUAGUACUUUGAGUGCUGGGAAAUUGAAAAUGAGUGGAAAGACUUUGUUGCCCUAUAAUGUUACACCGCCGAGGCCAAGGGGGCCCACGGAGGCAGAAAGGAAAAUUGAGGAGAUGACUAGGCAGAUUGAAGAGGAAAUGGAGAAGCAUGAGGAGGAAGGGGAAUAUUUUGGUAUUUGCCACACAUGCGGCGAAAAAGUGACCGGCGCCGGUCAAGCAUGCCAAGCAAUGGGCAACUUGUACCAUACGAACUGUUUUAUAUGUUGUUCGUGUGGUCGUGCCUUACGCGGCAAAGCUUUCUAUAAUGUUCAUGGAAGAGUCUACUGCGAAGAAGACUACCUGGUAAUGACUAAAUCAGAAAGUAGUCAAACGGAAAAUCCAAUAAUUAAUGAUGUUUUGCAGUAUUCAGGAUUUCAGCAAACUGCGGAAAAAUGUGCCAUUUGUGGCCAUUUAAUUAUGGAGAUGAUUCUACAAGCCAUGGGCAAGUCGUAUCAUCCAGGGUGUUUCCGUUGUUGCAUUUGUAACGAAUGCUUAGACGGUGUGCCUUUCACUGUGGACGUCGACAAUAAAAUUUAUUGCGUCAAUGAUUACCACAGGAUGUUCGCCCCGAAAUGUGCUUCGUGUGGCAAAGGUAUAACACCAGUUGAGGGUACAGAAGAAACCGUCCGAGUGGUCUCCAUGGAUAAGGACUUCCACGUUGACUGUUACAUAUGCGAAGAAUGUGGAAUGCAGUUAACUGACGAACCUGACAAGCGUUGUUAUCCACUUGAGGGGCGUUUGAUGUGUCGAAGUUGUCACAUUGAGCGCCUCCAACAUACCCCCAGGCAGAUGCAUCCUGUUGCUGCUACAUAUCAGUAUACGGGCUAAAAAUUACCGUUUUUAGGUUAGUCUUAGCCCACCAGAAACAAACUACUUAUUUUGCUUUUAUUAGGAAUUUAAUGUGCCAGGUUUGGUAGAUUGUGAGGGUGUAAUGAUGGUUCGCUCAUUUGAAAAGUAAUUAUUAAUAGGACGAGAGUAUAUUUGCUUUUAGUGUGUAGCUUUAAUCUUGUUAUUGUCGUUGGACAAGGUAGGAGGAACGCUAAAAGUGGUCUAGAGUUUUAGGAAUUGUUAUGUAAGUUAAAUAGUAAUUUUACGACCUAAAUGCUAAAUGUGAUUGGUUUUAAUUUUAAUUGUAUGAAACGCCAUGGUUUUAAUGGGUAUGAAGUCAACGAUGUACAGUGCAACCUUGAUUUUUCUGGAAAAGUUCGAAUGAUCGAGGUUGUACUGUAAUUAUUUUCCGAUUUCAUGUCCGCCUAAUUAACAAUUGCAAUUAAGUGUUUAGGUGUUAAGUGUAUAAACUUGUUCCUAAGGUAUUUUUGUAUUAUUUUUGUUGUAUGAAGCUUUUGCCUUUUGGCAUCUAAAACAAUUCAUUUUUAUACAAAGUUUAUUUAAAAUUUGCUAUGAAUUGCUGUGAUAUGUUUUAUUGACAGGACAAGCUUAUUGAUUUUCAUUCCAUUUAGUGUUUUUAUGCUUUUGUAUUAUAAUAAAUACAUACACAAAUU